AUGGAUUUGGGUCAGUUUGCCACAAUAGCGUGCACUUUUCAACAACUGGAAUCCAAGCUAGAUAUCCAUUACACGCUCAUAAUACAGGCUGAAGUAUUGGGAACUGUAUUUUCAAAUAAUGGUUCAGAUUGUUCGGGCGCCAUUAGCAGCCGUUGGUCGCGAGUUCUAAUGCAGCAAGCAGUGCAAGGGUUGGAAGGAUACUUUGGAUGGAAUACAUACGAAGCAGUAGAUGGAGAUAUACUCACAGAAGCUUGGACGGCUAUGUCAGCCUUCCCGAAGAGCGGGGUAUCAUCUUCCUCCUAUGGUUGGGGGGCAUUUCUACAGACUGAUAAUCUGACGUCACUUCAUUGA